AUGGCUCCUAAGGUUGUGUCUGGAAAAGCUGCGAAGAAGGCGUCCAAGGUGAAGGUUCCCAAGGCCGACAAAGCUAAGAAGAAAAGGAGGAAGGAGAGUUACGCUAUCUAUAUUUACAAGGUCUUGCGUCAGGUACAUCCGGAUACGGGUAUUUCCUCGAAGGCCAUGUCGAUUAUGAACUCCUUCGUUAACGACAUCUUUGAACGUAUUGCCGCUGAGUCCAGUCGCCUGGCGCAUUACAAUAAGAAAUCUACAAUCACGAGCAGAGAAAUUCAAACCGCUGUCCGGCUACUGCUACCGGGUGAAUUGGCGAAGCACGCGGUGUCCGAGGGUACCAAGGCAGUGACGAAGUACACCGGCUCAAAGUAA